AGUUCGUCGAGGUGCGUAUUUAGGUCAAAAAAUAACAAAAUUUUUAGGGUUUCUGGAUCUGAACGACAAUUGGAAUUAGAACUGAAAGCAGAAGAGAAAAAGGAAAGGAGGAAAUGGACGCCAUUGAUUCAGUGUUCGAUCCUUUGAGGGAGUUCGCUAAGGACAGCGUUCGUCUCGUGAAGAGGUGCCACAAGCCCGAUCGCAAAGAAUUCACGAAGGUGGCGUUCCGUACGGCAAUCGGCUUCGUGGUGAUGGGAUUCGUAGGGUUUUUCGUUAAGCUCAUCUUCAUCCCCAUCAACAACAUUAUCGUCGGAUCUGGUUAGAUGCUAGGAUGGUUGCUUGAAGUACUGGGCAGGAAAAAUGGAUGAAAACUUGGUGGGGUUGCUUAGAAUUGGCAGAAUUUAUUAUUUACCUGGCAAUUUAGGUUGAGAAAUUGGAAAUACCUGAUUUACUGAACUGUUUUGCGGUUUUUGUUGGAAACACCACUUAUCUGUUUUACAUUGUAGUGUUGUUGAAACUUUUUUGAUGCAUUGUUAAAGAUCUUGACUUUUUGGUCACCUUGGCUUUUGUUGUUUAAAUGAUUAUCAAACAGCUUCAAUUCCAUCUCUUUUUCGAAUAUCAAACAUGAGAACCGAUUUAUUCACUUGAUGAGAGGAUAAAGUCAAAGUAGCGCACGGAAACUAGAAUUGGCUAGCUUGAUAUCAAAGUGUGUACAAUUGCAACAAAAAAAUAUUCAACUGACAAUGUCAAUAAAAGAAUCAAGCAGAUGAUCUGUUUUUCGAAUUAGCAAAUGGGACUCUCAUCUGUAGCAUCUGCAAGUACUAGUUCUGGUUGAGCAACAAUUCCUUCGUUUCUUGCCUUCUUACGUUCUCUCUGCAUACUGAAGUAUUCUCUCUUCCUUGCUCUGUAGCUGUUGGGGUUCUCGGGUUGUAGCUCUUGGGGAUAAACACUUACCUAUUGAACAUAUCAGCCUGCAAUUUGUCAGUUCAUGGUAUCUACACUUUGAAGCAUUA